CAGAUGAUGGCGACGUGAGCACCUACCGAAGGAGGACGGAGCCUCCCUCAUCCCCACAACGAACAAAGACAUAUAUGAAGAAGUCUAAGGGGAUAAGUUCCACCAUGAGUUAUUACAGCGACGCCGGCAGCCGCUACCCGGAGGAUGACACUCCUUACCUGCACCAGUACCCUCCCCGCUACAACUACCCUCCAGACUACCACAACUACCCCACCGCCACCAGGGACUACCCGAUGCGAGGGGCUAACAGGGACUAUCAGAGUACGAGGGACUUCCAGAACGACCCGAGGGACUUUCAAAAUGAGCCGAGGGACUUUCAGAACGGGCCGAGGGACUUUCAGAACGGGCCGAGGGACUUUCAGAACGGGCCGAGGGACUAUCAGAACGGGCCGAGGGACUAUCAGAACGGGCCGAGGGAGUACUUAAACGGACCCGUGGACUACCCGAGCGAGCCACUUGGUUACCAGAACGGACCGAGGGACUACCCGAGCCUGGUGAAGGAGUACCAGCCAGACCCGCCGCCCUACCACAGUGGGCCGAGGGACAAUGAGAACAGCCCCAGGGGACUGAAUACGGGCCGCAGGGACUAUCAAAGUGGUGCUAGGGACUAUCCUGAUUGUGCUAGGGAUUACCAGGACGGUGCUAGGGACUACUCGACGGGGCCGCGGGACUAUCGGCGGGGGGAGAGGGAGUACUCGGGGCAACAGAGGUACGGCACCAGCCCCCGACACCGAUACCGCAACGCCGACGACUACCACUACGACUACCGGGGAGGCUACCGGCCCUCCGUUGACUCUGACCCCCGCGACGGCUACACGACGGACGGUAGUGGCUCGGGCUACCGGGAAGGGAGCGUCAGGGGCUACGAGAACUACCGCUACCCGGAAAGUGAGGCGCUGCUACCCAGGGAUCGGAUGCAGUACCCGUUCUCCCACCAGUCCAACGGUGCCACCUACACCAAAG